AUGUUGGCCUGUUCCCCUUCUCCCUCAUCAUUUGGUCACCGGCACUCUACAACUGCUAGUGUCCCCGAGAGCCACUCAACCGCCUCACCUCGGUCGGCUUUCCGACUACUACCUUCUGCAUUACGGCCCGGAAAUGGGCAUCGGUCGUGCAGACGUGACACUUGCCCCGAACAGUCAUCUCUUUUAAGACUUCAUUGCCGCAAGGCGAAAUCGGCAAAUAUACACUUCCCACUGCCUGGCCCGACUCAAUUGGAUAGUGGCACCAGUGACACUGGUGAAACAGCUGAGGUCACUAAAACUGUAAGAACUUUAAAUGCGACUGUAACAUGUCAAGAGCCAGAUCCGGAAUUUGAGCGUGAACAGGAGCUUGAACCUGAGACAGUUGAACAGGGUCUGAACAGUCUAACCGAAGAACCAAUUAAGCCUUGUUCCUUGCUGUUGUCUCGGGCCCAUCCUCUAAGCACACAGUCUUUCAAACUGAGUGCCUCCACAUCUAUCCAGCCUCAACAAGAAUGUCAGCCUCUUGUACCAGGUCUACUAGACUCCGAAUCCGCAGGCUCUCCGCGCUCCUCCACUUCUUCCUUGUCUCGCUCUUCGUCAAAGCGCAUCCGCUUCCGCCUUCGCUCGGCUGGUCUCCGGCUGAAGAGUGCCUUUAAGCGACCUGGACGCCACGAUAAAACACGCGAGCUCUCGCCCUGCCUCGAUGACUUGAACGAUAAAGCGUGA